AUGAGCAUCUCUUUACCCAUCCACCCAUCACAAAGUCAGCGGAAUAAGAGCAGCCGGAGCUACUUCACCAACAGCACGACAUCUUCAUCGGCCGAGGCCAUCAAUGGCCCUGUGAGAGAACCAGCCAAGGACCCGCCCGCCAUCAAUGACCGGCUCAUUGUGGGGGUCGAUUUUGGAACUACUUUCUCUGGCGUUGCGGCCGUUUACACGGGGACUCCCGACGAUAUCGAAAUCAUCAAGUCAUGGCCCGGUGGAAACGGUAUCACCUCGGACAAAGUCCCGACCGAGAUAUCCUAUGACCUUCCGGCCAAUGCACCGCCUGGCACUGCCCCUACCGUGAAAUGGGGAUUCCAGUUCAAACCCGAGGAGUCGCGGCUCAGAUGCAUCAAGCUGUUCCUUGACCGUUCGCAGAAGCUCCCCUUCUACGUCAGCCCGCUGGAGACGGCCGCUCAGCUCAAGCGCUACAAAAAGACCGUCGUCGAUGCCGUGAGCGAUUACCUUACGCAGAUCUAUAAGCAUACCAUGGACACACUCACUCGGCGCUACGGCGAGUCCUUCAUGGCGUCAACCAAAGUCGACUUCGUUUUGACAUGCCCCGCCGUCUGGUCUGACGCCGCCAAGAACACGACUCUCCAGGCUGCUGAAAGAGCCGGGAUGGGCGCCCAAUCGCAGAUCCAGAUGAUCAGCGAGCCCGAAGCAGCUGCCGUUUAUACCCUCAAGGCCAUCCAACCCAACAAUCUGAAGGUGGGCGACAACUUCAUCGUCUGCGACGGUGGUGGUGGCACGGUUGACUUGAUUGCUUACAAGAUAGUGUCACUGAAGCCGAUCCGUGUGGAGGAAUCUGCUGUUGGGACUGGAGGUCUAUGCGGGAGUGCUUUUCUCAACUAUAGGUUCGAAGAGCAUGUAAAGACCCGGUUAGGACAGAGUCGAUUCGACGAGAUGAAGGUGAAGAAAGGGAAAACAUGGCAGAUGGGCCUGCGCUACUUCGAGGAAUUUGUCAAGCGCAACUUCAACGAGGAAGAGCACCAGGAAGUAAACAUCCCAUUCCCUGGCCUUCCGGACGACGAAGAAGCUGGGCUCGACUCUGGCUUCCUCGUCAUGACGGCAGAACAGAUCAAGGAUAUCUUUGAGCCCGUGGUGAAGGAGGUCUGCGAUCUUGUUCAGGGGCAGGUAGACAAUCUCCGGGCCAAGGGCGGCAUCGUGUCCGGCAUCAUCCUGGUCGGCGGAUUUGGCCAGAGUGACUACCUCUACCGUAGACUCAAGGCUCGCUUCACCAGUGCCGCACCGCCACCGUACACCGAGCGGCCAACCCACUCAAACAUUGACCUGCGCGAAAGGCCCUCUAUCGAGGUCAUGCAGCCCGUCUACGCCUGGACCGCCGUCGUCCGGGGGGCAGUUCUGCGCGGCCUUGAGGGCAACAUGGUGAUAUCCCGGAAAGCUCGGAUGCACUACGGCACGUCGUACGCGACCGUCUACGACGAGACGAAGCACUCGGUUUCGGAGCGGUACUGGUCACCUCUGUGGGAGCGCUGGAUGGUCUCGGACCGCAUGCAGUGGCACAUUGCCAAGGUGAGUCUGUUCUCUUUUUUCUCACUGGCACAACCUGACCAUUUUGACCAGGGCGAAGCCAUAUCCCCUCUCCAACCCAUCGCGUUCCACUACACUCGCAACUUCCACCCGGGCCAGUCUCUCAUCGUCACCGACGACCUCAUCGCCUGCGAGGCCGAUGACCCGCCAAAAGCCUACACGCGCGACCUGAUCCACGUGUGCACCCUCACCACCGACCUGAGCGCCGUCCCGCGCAGCCUGUUUACGCGCCUCACCACCACGCGCGGCGUCGAGUUCGAUAACCUCGACUUUACGCUUGAGAUGAUUGUGGACAGCGCCGGGCUCGGCUUUGAGCUCAAGGUUGACGGGGUCAGGUAUGGACGGGUGGAUGCCGAGUUUCACUGA